GGUCUUGCAACAUUGGAAGUGUGGCCAGUCAAACUUUCAGAUGUCAUCAAAAAAAAAAUCUUGUAUUUUUAAUUUAAUAAAAUUAAACGUAAUAUUUAUACAUUUACGGAGCUGUAACAGGAUAUGGUCUACUUAAAUUAAUGUUGUGCUGUAUGAUUAUUGUUUGUUGCGUCUGUGUAUGAGAAAACUGUAACCGUAACUUUACCGAUUUUCUGACGUUACUACUGUCAACUGUCAAACUACACGCUUGGCAGCCAUCUUUAAUAUCGAAAUCUGUCGGUAUUGUUGAUUGUGUAUUAAUUAAAUUAUUAGACCUUCUAGUGAAUAUUUGACAUCCAUAUUCAUUAUUUUGUUAAUCAAAUAACUUUAUAAUUCAAUAUGUAUCCCUAAACAGAUCAGCAUUGGAGUGUAUGUGACAGUUUUGUGUCCCAUUGAACUUCUUUUUUUACUGUGCAAAAUUUCGGCAUAACUCCGUAAGAAGCCGUUAUUGAAGCUUAAAUAAACGUUAAUAAUGUCUAACGUGAGCUAUGAUCUGGAUACGUCAGGCGGUCUUAUGCCGCUUAUAAAGGCGUUGAUUAAGCCGCCGGACGAGGAGGUGAAUAACCAGAAGAGCAAGAAACCCCAGCAUCCUUAUUACAAGAGGCCUGGUAAAGGUCAUAACCGCGAUUCCUGUGAUGCAUGCGGUGAAGGCGGGGACCUCAUCUGUUGCGACCGCUGUCCGGCUAGUUUCCAUCUUGGUUGCUAUGACCCGCCCCUGGACGAGAACGACAUCCCGGCCGGGCUGUGGCUGUGCCGCGAGUGCCAGGGCGCGGACGCCGAGCAGCCGCCCUCCGCGCGCGGCAGCCGCGCCGUCUCGCCCGCCGACAGCAAGGACUCCGACAAGAAGACCAGGUCCCUUCGCAACCGUUCCAACUCCACUAAGAAGACUGAAGAAGAUGACAAAGACAAGGACAAGGAUACCAAGGAGAAAGAGAAGGAAGACAAAGAGCUCACCCCUAUGGAGAUCCUUGUGAAGGCAGCCAAAGUGAUGAACCCGCGCCAGUUCGAGUUGCCCAGGGAGAUGCGAGUGCCUUGUCCCUUCCCUGGGACUGAAAAAGGUAAGACAAGGACGGAUAGAGCUGAGAGAGAGAAAAUAGCUGACUCUGAUGAUCCUCGUGAAGGCAGCCAAAGUGAUGAACCCGCGCCAGUUCGAGUUGCCCAGGGAGAUGCGAGUGCCUUGUCCCUUCCCUGGGACUGCCGCGCCAGUUCGAGUUGCCCAGGGAGAUGCGAGUGCCUUGUCCCUUCCCUGGGACUGAAAAAGGUAAGACAAGGACGGGUAGAGCUGAGAGAGAGAAAACAGCCGACUCUGAUGAUCCUCGUGAAGGCAGCCAAAGUGAUGAACCCGCGCCAGUUCGAGUUGCCCAGGGAGAUGCGAGUGCCUUGUCCCUUCCCUGGGACUGAAAAAGAAAACGGCAAUAGCAACGGCAAGAACGGGAACGGCCUAGUGACCGUGGAUGCUUGGGGUUGCGUGCCUCUACCGGCUAAGUCCUGCUUCGUCUGCCGCGGCACUUGCAAGAUGGCUCCGCUGUUGGCUUGCGACUAUUGCCCUCUGCUGUUCCAUCAGGAUUGCCUGGACCCGCCGCUGACGGCCUUGCCGACCGGCCGUUGGAUGUGCCCAAAUCACGUGGAGCAAUAUAUUGACUGGAAGCUGGUGAACUCGGUGUCGGCGUCGGAGCGCGUGGCGCUGUGGGAGCGCUUCGCGGCGCCGCCCGACCAGCACGCCAUCAAGCUGGACUUCAUCCGCCGCGCCCGGGCGACCCGCCCGCCCUUCCGGGUAAAGGUGCCAGUAGGUGUCCGCGGGCGCGUGGUGGUGCCGGGGAUGGUCCGCCAGCACUACGCGGAGCCGCCGCCGCUGCAGCCCAGCCGCCGCGAGUAUGUGCGCUGCAGGAAUGUACUGAAAAACCUGCAAGCCACCAGCGACUAUGAAGCGUCAGACGAAGACGAGGAUGCCCCCAAACACACCAUCUGCUUGAACCUGUCCUGCAGCAAGCACAACGCGGGGCCCCAACCGCGGCCCGCGGACCUCAAGGGGGCCAGCGAGGAGGACGCCGCUGAUGACCUCAAGGCUAUCACACAGCCUAAGCACAACGCGGGGCCCCAACCGCGGCCCGCGGACCUCAAGGGGGCCAGCGAGGAGGACGCCGCUGAUGACCUCAAGGCUAUCACACAGCCUAAGCAAGCACAACGCGGGGCCCCAACCGCGGCCCGCGGACCUCAAGGGGGUAACUUGAACCUGUCCUGCAGCAAGCACAACGCGGGGCCCCAACCGCGGCCCGCGGACCUCAAGGGGGCCAGCGAGGAGGACGCCGCUGAUGACCUCAAGGCUAUCACACAGCCUAAGGAGGAAGCCGCCUCAUCAGAGAGCGACGAGUCCGAGUCGGACGUGGAGUACGACUACCCCGUGAAGCGGCGCCGCGCGGCCCCCGGCGGGGCGGACGCGCUGCGGGCCGCAGUUGAUGACCAGCUCAAGAAGCUGGACCAGAACCUGGUCAAGCUGUUGGCUUGGCAGAGGUUACAGCAGAUCCUCGUGGGCGAGCAGUGCCACGGGCCGUGGGCGCGCCUGCCGCUGUCGGCGGAGGCCGAGGCGCGCGUGCAGGCCGCCGUGCCGCGCGCGCGCCUCGCCCGGCACGGCUUCCAGCACGUGGCGCUGCCCUCCGAGCUGCUGUCCCGCGCGGAGCGGGAGCGGAUAGCGAGGGCGGUGUGGGGCGCCGCGCCGCCGCCGCGGGUGCUCGAGGCGCCCGAGGGGCCCGCUGAGGCCGUGUUGAAGGCUGCGGCGUGCCCUGUACUACGACCGAGCAGGCUGCGGCGUGCCCUGUCCUACGACCGAGCAGGUGAGCACGGCUUCCAGCACGUGGCGCUGCCCUCCGAGCUGCUGUCCCGCGCGGAGCGGGAGCGGAUAGCGAGGGCGGUGUGGGGCGCCGCGCCGCCGCCGCGGGUGCUCGAGGCGCCCGAGGGGCCCGCUGAGGCCGUGUUGAAGGCUGCGCACGUGGCGCUGCCCUCCGAGCUGCUGUCCCGCGCGGAGCGGGAGCGGAUAGCGAGGGCGGUGUGGGGCGCCGCGCCGCCGCCGCGGGUGCUCGAGGCGCCCGAGGGGCCCGCUGAGGCCGUGUUGAAGGCUGCGGCGUGCCCUCACGUGGCGCUGCCCUCCGAGCUGCUGUCCCGCGCGGAGCGGGAGCGGAUAGCGAGGGCGGUGUGGGGCGCCGCGCCGCCGCCGCAGGUGGUCGAGGCGCCCGAGGGGCCCGCUGAGGCCGUGUUGAAGGCUGCGGCGUGCCCUCACGUGGCGCUGCCCUCCGAGCUGCUGUCCCGCGCGGAGCGGGAGCGGAUAGCGAGGGCGGUGUGGGGCGCCGCGCCGCCGCCGCAGGUGGUCGAGGCGCCCGAGGGGCCCGCUGAGGCCGUGUUGAAGGCUGCGGCGUGCCCUCACGUGGCGCUGCCCUCCGAGCUGCUGUCCCGCGCGGAGCGGGAGCGGAUAGCGAGGGCGGUGUGGGGCGCCGCGCCGCCGCCGCAGGUGGUCGAGGCGCCCGAGGGGCCCGCUGAGGCCGUGUUGAAGGCUGCGGCGUGCCCUCACGUGGCGCUGCCCUCCGAGCUGCUGUCCCGCGCGGAGCGGGAGCGGAUAGCGAGGGCGGUGUGGGGCGCCGCGCCGCCGCCGCAGGUGGUCGAGGCGCCCGAGGGGCCCGCUGAGGCCGUGUUGAAGGCUGCGGCGUGCCCUCACGUGGCGCUGCCCUCCGAGCUGCUGUCCCGCGCGGAGCGGGAGCGGAUAGCGAGGGCGGUGUGGGGCGCCGCGCCGCCGCCGCGGGUGCUCGAGGCGCCCGAGGGGCCCGCUGAGGCCGUGUUGAAGGCUGCGCACGUGGCGCUGCCCUCCGAGCUGCUGUCCCGCGCGGAGCGGGAGCGGAUAGCGAGGGCGGUGUGGGGCGCCGCGCCGCCGCCGCGGGUGCUCGAGGCGCCCGAGGGGCCCGCUGAGGCCGUGUUGAAGGCUGCGCACGUGGCGCUGCCCUCCGAGCUGCUGUCCCGCGCGGAGCGGGAGCGGAUAGCGAGGGCGGUGUGGGGCGCCGCGCCGCCGCCGCGGGUGCUCGAGGCGCCCGAGGGGCCCGCUGAGGCCGUGUUGAAGGCUGCGCACGUGGCGCUGCCCUCCGAGCUGCUGUCCCGCGCGGAGCGGGAGCGGAUAGCGAGGGCGGUGUGGGGCGCCGCGCCGCCGCCGCGGGUGGUCGAGGCGCCCGAGGGGCCCGCUGAGGCCGUGUUGAAGGCUGCGGCGUGCCCUGUACUACGACCGAGCAGGCUGCGGCGUGCCCUGUACUACGACCGAGCAGGUAAGCACGGCUUCCAGCACGUGGCGCUGCCCUCCGAGCUGCUGUCCCGCGCGGAGCGGGAGCGGAUAGCGAGGGCGGUGUGGGGCGCCGCGCCGCCGCCGCAGGUGGUCGAGGCGCCCGAGGGGCCCGCUGAGGCCGUGUUGAAGGCUGCGGCGUGCCCUGUACUACGACCGAGCAGGUCGGGGCUAGGAGACGGUCUAGGCCGACCAAUACCCAUGCGGCUGUCUCGCCUCACCUUUGGUGCUGACUCGAGCUGCGACGUCGUGCUGGACCCGACGCAGUGUCGUUAUGUGUCACGGCUACACGCCAUCAUAUUCUAUGACGAGGUGACUCGACACUUUGAGCUUAUUAAUUACUCAGAAUGGGGCUCCCGAGUAGACGGAGUGUUAUAUGCCAUGGAUGUCUCCGAGCGAGAGGCCCCAGUGGUGGACGACGAGGGUGAAGCCCGAGCGAAGGCCGUCAGGGAUGUCGUGAGACACCGGAUGCAGUCAGGGACUGCCAGAGUCGCCGGCGCGGCGCCGCCGCCGUGCCGCUGCGGCGCGCCGCGCGGGGGCGGCGCCGCGUGGGAGGGCUCGGCGCUCGUGGCGCACGGCGCGCUGCUGCAGCUCGGCUGUCUCAUGUACGUCUUCAGCGUGGCGCAGCCCCGCCCCGACUCCUACGAGACCGACAACGACCAUCCCGCGAUAUAGGCUUGCACUUGCGACGAUAACUCGCAUACUUAUGAGGACUCAAAAACAUUAUAAUAAGUCUGGAUGUGACAUGUUGACGAAGAAAUUUUAAAUGAAAAAGAAUAUUGUACUCAAAGUGGAAUAUGCUAAAUUGGCAUUUACAACUUUGUAUUAAUAGUAUAUUGUGCAACGAGGGGGGGCAACUGAAAUUUUUGAUAAAAGGGUGGUAAUAAAUGUGAAAUUACCAGAGUUUGCAAUAUUCUUUACAUACAAUGUUUUUCAUCACACUUGCGAAGAAAAAACUAAAUUAUAAGCGGAAUAAUUAUUAAAUACGGUGACAUAGCCAACAUUCGUCCGCCAUUUUGUAAUUUCUUGACAGGUUAGACAUCGAGACACAGACCUAUUCGGCAUUCAGCCACGAUUGAAAAUUGUGUAAAAAUAUUUUAAACGGCUGUUAAAUUAAAUAUUUUGAAACAUAAACAAAAACAUUAAAUUAUAAACGUCAGUAUUUUAAAAGUAAAACUCAUUUAUGCUACUUGGUUUGUAUGAAUAAGUGACAUAAU